AAACAACACUCAACAUGUCCUUCUUUGACGGAAUCCCAGUUGCUCCACCAAUCGAGGUGUUCCACAAGAACAAGAUGUACCUCGAUGAGACGGCUCCCGUCAAAGUUAACCUGACAAUUGGAGCCUACCGCACAGAGGAGGGACAGCCAUGGGUGCUUCCAGUCGUUCAUGAGACUGAAGUCGAAAUCGCCAACGACACCUCGCUCAAUCACGAGUAUCUUCCAGUUCUCGGUCACGAGGGUUUCCGCAAGGCUGCCACCGAGCUUGUCCUCGGAGCCGAAUCGCCAGCUAUCAAGGAGGAAAGAUCGUUUGGAGUACAGUGUCUCUCUGGAACCGGAGCUCUUCGUGCUGGAGCCGAGUUUCUUGCUUCAGUGUGUAACAUGAAGACCGUCUACGUGAGCAACCCAACAUGGGGAAAUCACAAGCUUGUCUUCAAGAAGGCUGGUUUCACCACCGUCGCCGACUACACCUUCUGGGACUAUGAUAACAAACGUGUGCACAUUGAGAAGUUCCUCUCCGAUCUUGAGUCAGCCCCAGAGAAGUCUGUCAUCAUUCUUCACGGAUGUGCUCACAACCCAACUGGAAUGGACCCAACUCAGGAGCAAUGGAAGUUGGUUGCCGAGGUGAUCAAGAGAAAGAACCUCUUCACCUUCUUUGACAUUGCUUACCAAGGAUUCGCAUCUGGUGAUCCAGCUGCGGACGCCUGGGCGAUCCGCUACUUUGUAGACCAGGGAAUGGAGAUGGUUGUGUCCCAAUCAUUUGCCAAGAACUUUGGACUUUACAACGAGCGUGUCGGAAACCUUACUGUCGUCGUCAACAAUCCAGCUGUCAUUGCCGGAUUCCAGUCUCAAAUGUCGUUGGUUAUCCGUGCCAACUGGUCCAAUCCACCAGCACAUGGAGCAAGAAUUGUGCACAAGGUGCUCACCACCCCAGCUCGCCGUGAACAAUGGAACCAGUCUAUUCAAGCGAUGUCUUCUCGUAUCAAGCAGAUGAGAGCCGCCUUAUUGCGCCAUUUGAUGGAUCUUGGCACUCCUGGAACUUGGGAUCACAUCAUUCAACAAAUUGGAAUGUUCAGCUACACCGGACUUACUUCUGCCCAAGUGGAUCACCUGAUUGCCAAUCACAAAGUAUUCCUGCUCAGAGACGGCCGCAUCAACAUUUGUGGUCUUAACACGAAAAACGUGGAAUAUGUCGCCAAGGCGAUUGAUGAGACUGUGCGUGCCGUGAAGAGCAACAUCUAAAGCUUUGAAAUUUAUGAAUUUUAUGUGAAAAAUUGAGUUUUUGUGCUCUUCAAGUUUGAGCAUUAAGUGUAGAUUGAGUAUUUCUAUGCACUUAGUUUUAAUUUCCCGUGUGUACUUUUAUUUAUUUUAACCCGAUUACUUUUUUUUCUUGAAUGGAAAAUGAAUCAUUGCUAUUAUU